GGGAGGAGGUGCUUGCUGUCUGCGGAGCUUCAUCUCCUCUCUGAUGAAGGUUAAUGGAGGAGCUCUGGUGACAGCCGGCAGCUCGUGGACCAAUCAGAGAGCGCGCUGAUGCUCGGCUGCGUGUGUUUGAGCCUCUGCAGGCUGCAGCUCUUUGAAGAACCGUGUCAGCUCUGAUGUAAACCGGGAUACCUUUCGCUUUUAUCCGUUGUUUUUUUCCCCUCUCUCUCUCUCCUCCCGGAACACCUGCGAACAUGCGCGGCGGGACGUUUUACCGCGCGGAGUUGCUUUUCGCCGACUUGUUUUGGUUGGAUUCAGCCGCGGAUUUGUUCCUGUUCUUCUUUGCUUUCUGACAUGAAUCUUUCUUCAGAGCGACGCCUUGAUGGACUUGUGUAUUAGCUAAUGAUGUCUAUGGGUUUCGUGUCUGAUAAUCUGAAUGGCUCCGAUCCCUCCAAAUCGGCCUUCCUAGAGUUUGCGCACGGACACUCGGGGCACCAGCAGCACUCCCCGGGACUCUCCCACAUUUACCCCGUCCAUGGCUUACACGCUGCCGGCCAUUCCCAGCACGAAGGUCCCUUUCCUGCAGGCAACUCGUCCUAUGGCCCCUCUUUGGGCUACUCCUACCCAGGCCCGAUGAACACUCACCCCCCGUCCGCCUACAUGUCCUACCAGCAGCACAGCAGUCUGUCCCACAGCAGGUUAGAACGGACAGAUCGAGACAAGUCCUCGGUGUCUGAGGACAGGGACGUCCGACUGGUGAACGGAAAGGGCAAAAAGAUCCGGAAGCCUCGGACCAUCUACUCCAGUCUGCAGCUACAGGCUCUACACCAGCGCUUCCAGCAGACCCAGUAUCUGGCCUUACCGGAGCGCGCAGACCUGGCGGCCAAGCUGGGCCUCACACAGACUCAGGUGAAAAUCUGGUUCCAGAACAAACGCUCCAAGUAUAAGAAGAUCAUGAAGCACGGCAGCGCCUCGGAGGGAGAACACCUCCACAGCACCAGCUCCGCGUCCCCCUGCUCCCCAGCUCUGCCCCAGCUCUGGGAGGUCUCCAUGGCGACCAAAGGGGGGCCAAUGCACCCGAACAAUUACAUGAACACUUUUGGCCACUGGUACCCGAACCACCACCACCACCAUCACCACC